GUCCAAUCAUGCCCUUACUAUAUAAUAAUGUCAACCAGGUUCCGGUAAUAUCCACUUUCCGAAUCCUUCAAACCGUUUCACAUAUAUAAAACUCUAAUCCCUCCCUACCCUAACAUCAAGCCGAGAUUCUACAUACCAAGAAGCCAUGGCAGAGGAGUUUGAAGCUGCUGGGAUUUAUGGUGGAAAUUGGUGGAACAUGAAUACUUGUUCAUCAAGAAGUGUGUUCCCUCUCAUCACUUCAUCUUCAUCAUCAUCAUCACUCUGUUCUAUUGCAGCAAAUCAAGAUGGAGGCAACUUUAGUUGCGCUUGGCAAACUGAUAAUCUCGUGGAUCUCAAGUCGCCUUUAGUUUCUCAUCAUCAUCAUGAUGCUCUGGGUUUUCUAGUUCAGCAGAAGCAAAACCAUCAGAAUGAAUCAUCACCUGAUGCUUCUGAAAAUAAUGGAAAAAUAUUGAUGGAUUCCUCCUUGGGCUUUUCCAACUGGAAUAACCACUCUUUACUUGGGAGACCAGAAAGCAAUUUCGAAUCUGUUCUUGAAGAAGAAGGUGGAGUAGAUUCUUCGAAUUCAGAAAUGAAAACCAUGAACCAAGAAUUUGCCUUAGAUCAUCGUCAACAGAAUCUGAGUUCUGCCUCAUAUGGCUAUGGCCUGUGUGAUGAGCACAAUCCUCUUCAUCAUUUUCAACCACAGCCACAGCCAGAGGGCUCGCUUUUCACCAACCCUUCUUUGGCUUAUAGUUAUAGUUCAGCCAAUCAAGCCUCGCCAAGUUGGUCCAAAGCCUCUGAUCACUUUUUGAACCCUUCAAUGCCAAAGCAGCAGCUGGGUGGAUUCCACUUUUCAAACGACAAUGAUAAUAAUAAUUCUCCUUUUUGGAAUAAUUCUUCAGCUGAUCAUCGAGCACUUGAUGACGUACCAGCACCACAAGUGAUUUUUGCUUCAUCCCCACAAUCUCAAACUUUUGAACACAAACCCAGUUGCUCAGCUCUCUUAACCAAGCACAAAAGAGAAGAGGCUCCUGUUAGUGAACCAGCUGCAUUCAAAAGGCCCAGAAUUGAAACUCCAUCCCCACUGCCAACUUUUAAGGUUCGGAAAGAAAAGUUAGGGGACCGAAUCACAGCUCUUCAGCAGUUGGUUUCACCUUUUGGAAAGACUGACACAGCAUCAGUUCUUCACGAAGCCAUCGAGUACAUCAAGUAUCUUCAUGAUCAAGUCAGCGUUUUGAGUGCUCCAUAUUUGAACAAUAACGGACCUGCUGCCCAACACUAUCAGGGUUGUGAAGAGAAAGAAUCAAAAGGGGGAAAGCAAGAUUUAAGAAGCCAAGGGUUGUGUUUGGCACCGAUAUCGAGCACCUUCUCACUUGCUAACUAUGAGAUGAUGGCUUCUGAGUUAUGGACGCAUGCAUAUGGAGGAGCUUUCAUCAUCAGGUAGAUAUAGAGAGGGAAGAUCAAUAACCACACGCCAAAGUAGAGAGACUCUUCGGAAUCUCCUAAAGUACACAUAUAUUUCGAAGUGGGAAAGAAAAGAAAAUAAUUAAGUGAUAUAAGUUAUGCUUCACGCCUUAGAAGAUUCAAAUUGGUUAAAACUGACAUUAACUAUUUGGAAAAUGGAAGAAGAAGAAGAUAUCCAAGGAUUCCAAGCUGCAAUUGUUGAUCGUAGAAAAAAAGAAGAAAAAGAAAGAGAAAGAAAAGGAUUUGUGACCUAAUUACAGAGAAGAACAGGAAAUACUGGGCCAGGUGUACGUGUUUAUAUAUAGAUGUAAGCACCGAAUGAUGCAGGCUGGCAGAUGAUUACUGACCACUGGAAGAGAACAUAUAUAUAUAUAUAUAAUGACUAAGCAAGCUACUUUAUCUUAUAUAUUAUGAAUAUGACCCAUUUGUGUACUGUCGCUGAAUUCUGCUCAAUUUCACAUAUUCAUAGCUGAAUGUGACAGAGAAGCCCUUUGUUCCUGUUGAUGAUCAUUUUAUGUUUAUUAUACGAUGUAGAAAGUUGAAGGAAAAAAAAUUGAAACGAUCAUUAUUACAUACAUAUUGUAUACGUGUAUUCGAUUCUUCUUCUUUAUA